AUGUUUUCCUUCAAUAAUAUGCCCAAUAAUUAUAAGUAUGAAGUGGGGAGCUGUUCAGACUACUCUUACGACGACAUUGUCGAGGGAGUUUUCGGUAAUUCACCAGCGGACGAGGCAAAAGCAUCGGCCGCAAGCCAUAGCCAUAAGGAAGCCGAAAGGCGAAGAAGAAAGCGUAUCAAUUGCCAUAUCGCCACUCUCAAAUCCCUUCUCCCCAAUGCAAUCAAGACGGACAAAGCUUCUUUACUAGGAGAGGCUGUCCGAACAGUACGAGAAUUGAAGAAGAAAACCAUGCAACUAUCGGCCAUGCACCAAACAACUCUUGACGAUUCGUUCGUGUUCCCGAGCGAAACAGACGAGCUCAAAGUGUGCCACGAUUCGGGCCUCAUACAGGCAACAGUGUGCUGCGAGGACAGGCCCGAUCUGAUGUCGGGCUUGAUUCGGGCCCUGGAAUCCGUGGCGGCAAAGGUGGUGCGGGCCGAGAUGUCGACGGUCGGUGGGAGGACCAAGACUGUUUUGUGGGUCCGUUUAGGCAGUAACGUAACCGAAAGUAGCUUCACGAGUUUGGAGAGACUAAGGAGAGCUCUGAAAUCCGUGGUGGAUCGCGAGUAG